AUGGCGAGGCUUACUAUAGACACCCUAGAGAACACCACUAGACCCUUUGUCUUUUGCUUUUAUGUAUCAGGCCAUGGAUGGGGACAUGCCACACGGGCCAACCAGAUCAUUACCGACAUUCUUGCUCUUCCAGCAAAGCACACUGUCCACGUCAUUUCCAAUGCUUCCGAUUUCAUCUUUCAAGGCGUGAUGGAGGUGGGUGCCAUAUACCGACAAGCUGAUAUCGAUGCUGGCGUGGUGCAACCUCUUGCUUAUACUGUGGAUCGUCACCAAACGAUAAGCAACCUACGACUCUUCCUGGAGCGACGACCAGAGACCUUGGAGGCUGAAGUAGAAUGGCUCAAACAAGUGGGAGCAGAUUGUGUUGUGUGUGAUGCUCCUUUCCUUCCUUGUGCGGCAGCUGCCAUGGCAGGUAUUCCUGCUGCCAUAGCAAGUAAUUUCACUUUCGAUGAGGUGUACAAUGGACUAUGUGAAGGAGACGAAUUGGAUAAGGAGAUCCGAGAAAUGGUGGAAAAAACGAUCUUGGAUUAUCAAUGUGCCGACUUGCUGAUACGUCUACCAGGUGCCAUUCGCAUCCCAUCAUUUGACGACACCGAGAACCUGGUACCCCGCACCCCAAUUACUGGAUCAUUUCCUGUCCGAAAAGGCGUUGUCAAUGGCAAGAUGCAGCUACCAUGUACAAGUGCAUCCAACGUAGUCACCAGUGAUAAGAAGCGUCUUAUGGAACGUCGCAUUGUGGAUAUACCCUUAGUCUUUCGCAAGUAUCGGCAUGAGCGGAAACAAGUACUGGAAGGAUUGGGGAUUCCAUCGUCAGUAUACGAGACACACAAGAUCCUUCUUUUGUCUUUUGGUGGUCAAGCAUUAGGUAAAGGUGGAUGGGUGGAUCCACUUCCUCAAGGAUGGAUUUGUAUCGUUUGCUGUGCUCCUGAUGGCGUUGAAUUGCCCCGCAACUUUUAUCGUGCAUCACGUGAUGCUUAUGUACCGGACUUGACCAAUGCAGCCGACGUUGUCCUUGGGAAACUUGGAUAUGGCACAUGCAGCGAAUGUAUUGGACAUGGCACACCUUUUGUAUACGUUCCACGACCACAAUUUAUUGAAGAAUAUGGACUUCUCAAGUUAAUGCAAGAUCAAGGCAGCGCUGUUGAACUAAAGCGAGAGGAUUUCGAAGCUGGAUAUUGGGGUGAAGCUAUAGAAGAGGCAGCUACUUUAUCCGGUCGAUGCGAGGAACCAGAAAGAUUGGUAGCACACAAUGGUGGUCCUAUUGCAGCAAAGACAUUAGAGCAAUUUGUGAUCGAAUGGCGACUUGCAUCAACACGUCAAUUACACAAUGUCACUGAAGAAUGA